AUGGACCACGAGAAACGCAACAGCUCAUCCGAUGAUGAGUCUUUGAUUAAACAAGAUGAGGCCUUCAAGUAUCUCAAGAAAAAGAAUAUCAACCUGACUGAGUCGAUAACUGACCUUCCAUCCAAACUGAAGUUUAAGAUUGACAUUCGAGUCAUGACAAUCCUGUCAGCAAUAUAUUUCUUGCAGUUUAUAGACAAGUUCUUAUUGAACUAUGCUGCUGUGAUGGGUAUCAAAGAUAAUCUGGUAGGAAAUCAGUUCAACAAUCUGAGUACAAUCUUCUACGUAGCUCAAGUUGCUUUUGAAGCCCCAGUCUGCUGGGCAUUACAGAAAUUCCCUCCCGCUACAACAAUUGCUACUUGUGUCACUCUUUGGGGAAUCGUGGUGGCUUGCCAUGCUGCAUGCGACACCUACGCCAGUUUGAUGGUAAUCAGAGCUCUAUUGGGUGCGUUGGAAGCUGUCGUUGUACCUGGACUGGUCUCUAUUUCAGUAAUGUGGUAUACCAAGAACGAACAAAUGAGGCGAGUUGGUGUCUGGUCGGUUCAAUCUGGUACUGCCAGCAUUGUCGGUGGACUACUAUCAUUUGCCUUUCAACAUGUCACUAAUGCUAGGCUCCAAAGUUGGCAGAUAUACUAUCUGGUAAUGGGUGUGAUAACCUUUUUAGCGGGAUUGGUAACGUUCAUAGUUUUACCAAACAAUCCGAUGAGUGCCAGAUUCUUAUCUGAGGAUGAAAAACUGAUAGUGUUAGAACACAUUAGAGAGAACCAAACAGGAACCGAAACUAAACAUUUCAAGAAAAACCAACUAGUUGAGUUAUUUUUCAAAGAUCCUCACACCUGGCCAAUGUUUUUCUUGACUGUCAUGAGUAUGUGUGCUACAGGAGCUUUGGGAACUUUCAGUGUCACCAUUAUUAGCCAAUUUGGAUUCACCUCUAAAGAAAGUGCUCUGGUUCAGAUGCCAGUAGGUGUUGCUGUUAUUAUCAGUAUUCUCGGUGCAACUUAUCUUUCGUCAAAGGUUGGCCACCGAACUUGGAUCUCAAUCUCGUUGCUCGUUCCUUCAAUCGUUGGUUACAUUAUGCUUCUAAGUUUAGGGGAUAACCCUAAGAAUAAGGUGGGAAAAUUGCUUGCUAUCUAUCUUCUUCAACCAGGAACAUGUAUAAUCUCCAUGAUUUUUGCCUGGAAUGGAGCCAAUACUGCAGGUUACACCAAGAAAUUAGCCCGUAAUUGUUUCACAAUGAUUGGAUUUGCCCUAGGAUGUCUGAUUGGACCUCAAAUGUUCAGAAUAGAGGAUGCUCCUAAUUACUACCCAGCCAAAAUAGCCCUCUUAGUCUUAACCAGUGUCUGUAUCCCCACUUGCAUGCUAAUAAGAUGGAUCUCCAAAAAACAAAAUGCAAAGAGAGAAAAAAAGGAGCGCGUGGAGAUGCCAUGCAACUACGAGUUCAUGGACCUCACUGAUAUUGAAAACCCAUUCUUCCGCUACUCCUACUAA